CGUGCCUCGCCUGCCAAAGCUGGAGCCGGCAUCCGCGGUGCUCCCGGGCCGCACGGCCACAGCCGGCGGGCUCUCCGAGCGGGUCCUCCUGACCCUCCACCCCGGCUCUCCAGAGUCGUCCGGAUCUACGUCGCAAUAGUGGCGAAGGUGAGGAGGACAGUCUUCUGUACUGCUCUGUCCCCGCCAGGGGAAGACAGCAAGUUGUGCUGCGCCCGGGACCCGUUAGGGACCGUGGCCGCCGCCCGGCCGGGGGCCACCAUCAUUACUACAAAGUAUGAGGGUUUGAUACCCAGUAGGACCAACGAUUGUUACUGCCAGUAGCUGUGUCCCCUUUGAAGAACUGUGGAUUACCUGGCAGCCUUCAUUCAUACCUUCAGGACAGUCACAUUGGGUCCUCAUUGCAUUGCCUGGUGAAAGAUGGCAUCCAGCCUGACUUGUACCGGAGUAAUCUGGGCUUUGCUCUCCUUCCUUUGUGCUGCCACCUCCUGUGUGGGGUUUUUCAUGCCUUACUGGCUCUGGGGAUCUCAGCUGGGCAAGCCUGUGUCCUUUGGCACUUUCCGGAGAUGCUCGUAUCCUGUGCAUGAUGAGAGUCGGCAGAUGAUGGUGAUGGUGGAAGAAUGUGGUCGCUAUGCCUCCUUCCAGGGCAUCCCCAGCGCAGAAUGGAGGAUCUGUACCAUAGUGACAGGCCUGGGCUGUGGCCUGCUCCUCCUGGUAGCUCUCACUGCCCUUAUGGGUUGCUGUGUAUCAGAGCUCAUCUCCAGGACAGUAGGAAGAGUGGCUGGAGGAAUACAGUUUCUGGGAGGUUCCUUCUUCACAGAUGACACAAGCUUGGGUCAAAUUGUCAAGAUGAAACAAAACAAAACAAAAACCUAAGGAGCACAGGAAGCAAGCAUCCUGCACCAAGCUGCCCCACAAUAUAUGGUGCACAUCAACAGAAGGGAACCCUGCCUUGAAGAAAUAUGAGCAGUUCACCCCCCAGCUGCUCCAUCAUCCUUCCAUCUAGACAUUUGGAACUUUUUAAGGAGUAGAUGUUGCCCCAGUUUCUUGUUGCUGCUUAUCCUUGAGUGAGCUGCUUGCCCCAUGUCCCUUGCU